AUGCAUCUCGGAGCAGGGGGAUGCCUCUCGGAGCAGGGGGAUGCCUCAGUCAACAAGACUAACGCCUCGGCAGAUCGAAGCAAGACUCAACGCCCUGGCGAUGUGGCUCUGGUGCCACCCCACAGCUUCUCACCCCUCAAUAUUCUAACAGUGCUUUCUUCUCUCCUGAUAAUUGGAGCAUUCAUUUGGGCACUUAUGCUCCAGGAUGGUGUAGCAGUUCUGGCUCUGAUAGCUAUAGGCUUUGCCUCAGCUCUGAUUGGGAUUGCAUGCCGUUGGAAACCAGAAUUAUCCGAACGUCCGACAGAUGUUGUAGUCCCAAACUGGGACAUCAUGAUUCGGACACGCGACGGUGCCUUUGUUAUUAUCCGCUGCGCCGAAGAAAUCGCCCGUGAACUCUUUAUAGGCCCGGAGAAAUGCGACUAUCUCGUCAGUGACCAAUGGUUCAAAGUAUUGGUUGGGAUAUCGCUGUCUCUCAUUACUAUAUCAGUCAUACUUCCGGGAAACUGCAGUUGGACAAUGCAAGCUGUCAUCGCUGUGAUAUACAUAGUAUUGAAUGUCCUCUACUGGAUAGCAUCGUUACUUCCGCAAAGGCUGUUCUGGGACCUGUCGCGGUACAACUGCGAUCUUGUCACCCCGGAGAAUUUGCAAUUUGCAGAUAAAGUCAUUCAAGGCAAACCUAAACCCAGCUUUACAAAAAGCCUAUGGUUUGCGAUUCAAGCUACUGGGCAAGUCGAGUGGGUCACGAUUAGCGGAGCGGCCCCGAGAAGGCCAGAGUGGGAGACCUGGCUCAAACUAGCACACGAUAACAGCGGAAACCCCGAAUGGGAUGCGAUUGGUGAAAAGGACCGGCUGAUGAAAGAAGCGCACAAAAACUCCCAGUCCUCAAUAUCAGUGUUUGUUCGAGAGGAGUCUGCAUAA